GGAAAGGAGGACAGAGUUAAAAUUAUCCCCCCUCAAGCAAAUCCCUUUCAAUCUUAUCAGUGCGUUUGAGAUGGACUAGCCAGCUUGCGACUCCAUGGCUUGACAGCAGGAGACUGCUGUUGGCCUUGAGGAUUGGCAGAAUCCGGAAGGAUUACUGUGGUUGCCAAACACAGGAGAUCUGCAGUGCCAAAUGACUGUUGACCUUAGGUGUGGAGGAAGAAAGUAAUCCACACCUUCCACUGCUCUGUCCAAUCAGUCCCAGUACCGGAUUGUGAUGUGGGACACUGGAACUUUAUGGUAGUGUAUUUGAAAGAAUUAUGAGGAACUGAAUAACUGAAUAGUGGAAAUAGCAGCUGACUGCAGUUGUCACCUUAAAGGAUGUACUGUGGAUAGAUAAAGUGUGAUGUAAUGGAUCUCUUCAUCUACUUGCUGUUCCUCCAUGACCUUUUUACUUGGCUCACACUAGGCCAGCGAUAAAGAACAAGCAAACCUCAGCUGCAUAAAUGAGACUGUGAUUCACGAUGGCUACGGAUACAACCAGAGCCGUUUUGCCUUUGCUGCUGCCUUUCUCAGAAAAUAUGCACAUGGGUGGAAUCCUCCGAGGACUUUGCCCUCUACCUCUCCCCCUCGUCCCGCUUCUCCUCCUCUCAGUGAUGCCCUCUUUGGGUCUUACCAGUGUGCCAGGAUUAGAAUACGAUUGGGGAGCUCAGCCCAAGCUAGUUUGUACCCCCAUUCCUGCCGACGUUGACCCCAGCUGCUUUCCCCCUGGCAGUGUUGCCCAUGGGCCUCCCAGCAAUGGACAUGCCAAUGGUCACACCAAUGGACAUGCCAAUGGUCACACCAAUGGACACGGUAAUGGACAGUACACUGGCGGCUUGCCCAACAGCAGUGGUAGCCGCCGAGGCAUGUCAGACGAGGCAAAGGCUACCAUUCUUCACCUGAGGGAAAGUCUAGUGCGUCAGAAGGAGACCAUUCUGGACCAGCGGGAAACUAUACGAGAGCUGACGGCAAAACUGACACUCUGUGAGGGCUUUGGGAGGGGUGCAGGCGGUCACCACGAUGACCACCACGGCACAUCACACCACGGCUCCCACCACUCCCCCCAUCACUUUGACAGUGACCAUCAUUCUGACCCUCAUUAUCCUCUCAACGGCCACCGCAAUGACCAUCAUAGAGGGAAGUCACCAUAUCUGGGCAAACAGGGCUUCUCUCCUGAACAGGCAGGCAAGACAUUGCAGACUCUUAAAGAGAGACUGGAGAAUUUACAGGCAAGGAAUUCUUCCAGCACCUAUUCCAGUUCACUGAGGGACCUUCUGCAGCGCAAAAUCAAUGCACUGGAAGAGCAGCUCCACCACCACUAUGACGGCCAUCAUGACUCUGGACACCACGAUAGCCACCACGGACCUGGCCACCACGACGAUCACCACGACAACCAUCACCCUAACAGCCACGAUGACCACCAUGGAGCUCACAGUGAAGACCACCACGACACCCACAACGCCAACCACCACGACGACCACCACUUCGGCCACCAUUACAAUCCCUAUUACGGCCAUCGCUACGACCGGCACGGUACACUUCACGGUGAUCACCAUGACGAUCACCAUGAUGAUCACCAUGACGACCAUCAUGACGACCAUCAUGACGACCACCAUGACGACCAUCAUGAUGACCAUCAUGACGAUCACCAUGACGAUGGUCAUCAUGGCACUGAUCAUGGAAACCAACCCCGAACCCCUCACAAACCGACAGGGUCGAGAGCACCUGCCCGUGGAUCCAACAACAAGCUGGAUACUGUUCUCAGCCAUCUGUAUCACAGGCCACCUGAAGCAGGUUCCGUCAAGAAGCCUAAGAAUCCUGAUGCCUUUCAGAUCGGAUUUCCCAUGCGCACCAACUACAUGUAUGGCCGGAUCAAGCGCACUCUUCUGAAUGAAAUCUUUGCCCUCACCGUUUGCCUGUGGGUGAAAGGGGGCUCAGGGCCAGGACUUGGCACUCCUUUCUCUUACUCUGUUCCUGGCCAGGCUAAUGAGCUUGUCCUGAUCGAAUGGGGCAACAAUCCGAUGGAAUUACUUGUGAAUGACAAAGCGGUGACUCUGCCCCUUUCUCUGACAGAUAGUAAGUGGCACCAUCUGUGCGUGUCAUGGUCGACUCGUGAUGGUGUGUGGGAGGCGUAUCAGGACGGAGUAAAAAGGGGCUCUGGUGAAAAUCUGUCCCCAUGGCAUCCAAUAAAACCAGGUGGAGUGUUCAUACUGGGCCAGGAACAGGACACUCUGGGCGGACGCUUCGAUGCCACACAGUCCUUUGUGGGAGAAAUGUCAGACCUCCAGCUGUGGUCACGUGUUCUGAACUCUCAGGAGAUCCACAACCAGGCCUCCUGUUCCAGCCACCUCACUGGAGACAUCAUCGCUUGGAGCGAUGCCAUUGUAGAACUGCAUGGAGGGGUCACCAAAUACCCCUUUGAUCCUUGUCACUGAAGUUCUGAGGUUAACUGACACUGACUCACAAAGCAGCUCCUAAUGAGUUGUGUCUAAUCGUGUUUUGCUGCUCAAACACGUCAGCUUCUCUCCUUUCAAGCCUCCCACUUGCAGCAUGAGGUGAAAGCUUGCUGAGACUCUAAGAGAUAAGAGACAGGAGAAGGAGCUGUGUCAGGACUACCACUGCUGCUGCUGUUGUUGAUGCUGCUGCUGCUGCUAAUACUGCUUUUUGGGCAACAUCUAAGCCAGGCUAAUGCAGUAGGAUUUGUUAUUUUUACGUGGGUCAAUAUAGGCUGUGGGAACUUAGCCACUUAGCACUUUAUUAGCUGAAGUGUUUAUUCAAAUUAAACACUGAGCCCUGAUACACUGAAGUGUCAAAGACACUCAACAUACAAUGUGUUGUUCAAUGAUUUAAUAAUAUGGUUUUUGUUUGAUAUUUGAGUUGAUUUAAUAAUGAAGGGAACUUAAGAACACUAAGAAAGUCAUUUUGAUGAAAAGGUGAGUGAUGGUCAGUUGGUCAUAGUUACGUAAAGACCAUUGACAUUUCUAUUAGACCUUGACGCUGCUCUAAGCAGCAUGGGGCAGCCACCAUGUUUUAGAGGCCUAUUUAAACUUUACUUGAUCGAAAUGUUUCAUACUGAUUUUUCUAAACUAGUCUUCAUUUAGUUCUGUUAAUAGAUUAUAAUCCAAGGUGCUCUUCCAGCCUGCUUUUCUCUUUUCGAGUCACAUGUACAGUAUACUCUGGCUGCUGGGAAAAGGAAAAAUCUUGUAUGUUUUUAUAUGAAUGUAAGUAUAUCAAUAAAAUGAAAAACCAAAAACAAUAAAUAACUAAAUGGGACAUAUAGUACUGUGCAAAUGUCAGAGACAUUUAUUCAUUUUCAAAACAGACAUUUGUUUAUUUUGUAUUUGUGAGAAUUAAGUAUAAGGCCUUAAGCCUCAAUGAAAAAGUAAUACUCAAAUGUUUUGAUCUUUAAUUGGUGCAAUUUUAUUUUAUUUUUUGGAACGCUUACUAUCAGUGUGUCUGCAGAAUUCUUCAGUUCAGUCUUAGAAAUUUGAGCCUUUUUAUCACAUUUAGUAAACAUUUAGUCAAGUCCAGGUCUGCAGUUUAAUUUGCAGAUGUUGCACAAUUUUAUCCAAUUUAUAUUUUUCUCAUUAUUAUUAUUAAUUUUCUGACUGAUUUUCACUGCAUGAGUCCUACAGUUUUCGAGAUAUCAGUAACUAUUCUAACUGGGAUUAUAAACAGCAUUUUGAUUAGACGCAGGUUUUUUGUUAAAACUAACAUAAGUCACAAAAAUAUUUUUUCCAUUAAGAAUGAAUAGGGUGCAAAUCUACUGUUCGUUUGCUUGGCUGAUACUCACUGAUAUAAUAUAUAGCACUUUUAUUGCUAUCAGUAGCAGAGACUGGAUUUCUUUUUUGCCAACUGCAUGUGGCAUGUGUGCUUUAGCUCACAGCUCACAUUCCAAAGAGAGCUCACAUCCCACAAUUGUCUUGUCUUCUUUCUCCCUCUUCUAUCCUAUCUGCCACCAAACUGCAUAUAUUUCUUCACGGAAGAUAACUGAGCUUUAAUUCACAGCCAUACUGACCUGCGCUCAUCUGUUUGUUGUUUUUUUAAUCCCUCAUUUCUCCCAUUCAGCUGUGCAACCACUCUGCUUUUUCUAAAUGAAAUGAACUAUCAAUCGUAUUUUUACUAUUAUUUAAUCAUAAAUCAUUUAUCUAUUGAUUGUAUAACUGUUAGUUUUUUGCUCUCUUUUGUCUUUAAUCUUUAUUCUUUGUUCUCUGACUUUUGCACAGUACUGUAUCUUUUUUGAGUGUGGGCAUUUCUCCAGGUUUUAAUGUUUCAUGUUUAUGUUUGUUCAAGUGAGUAUGUGUAUUUCUAAAGGGGUCUGAAAUUACAAAAAAUCUUUGCAUUUUUGCAUUGUAUUGUAUUAUUUUAUUGUUUAUUUCAUAGAAAAUGACAUUUUACCACUACAGGCAGGUGGGUAGGGGUUUUUGUAAGGGGUCUGUAUGUGCGCAUACCAGUGAACCAGGUGCCACACAAGAAUGUAAAGGUGUCCAUGGCAACAUAGCUUAAAGGAGGAUUAGGCAGACAUAGAGAGCGCUCUGAUUUAUUCUAUCUCUCACGCUUUCUCUUUAAAAUGCAGCACAUGCAUGUGUGUUCACAGUCUCCAUCCCCCACGCUCUCUCUCUCUCUCUCUCUCUCUCUCUCUCUCGCUUACUCACUCCAACACACUUGUUUGGUGCGCUUUAAAUGCAUUGUGUGGAUAUGCUACAGUCAUCGUGAAACGUUUCUGUGUGUGUAACUCAUGAGAAUGUGAUCUAAUGAGAAUUUGAAUGUGAUUUUGUUUCAGUUCACUGUUUCCUCUGCACCUCUUUGUCUAAUUCCAUGAAACAAAUGAAGCACCUAAUCAGCAAAACUGGCUUUCAGUGUUGACAUCUUAGUUCUACAGAAAGUUUAAUGACAUUUAGAAAUCAUCUGCAGGUAUAGGGCUCACUGUUGCCAUGGUAAUAUGCUGGACACCAUUUUCCAUUGCUGGAAAGAGACUGCGUACACUCAGGCCAGCAUCUGUGAGCGCUGUGAAAGCACUCUCAGGCUGCUUUUCCACUGCAGGGCCGAACGGUUCUGAGCACAGAAUGCUUCUAAACCAGACUGGGCCCGUUUAUUUCAGCGUGGCUAGCUAAGCAUACUUUAGGGGCCACAGAAACAUUUGGUGGAAGGACUUUGUGUUGUUGAAAUUCACUGAUUAGCUAGGCUAGGCUAGGCUGGUAGCUGGUGUGCUUAUACUGUGAUAGUGAUGUAGGCGAGGAAGGUACCAAUAUGGGAUCAGAACAGUAGCCAGAAUGCUAAUGCCAUCGUAGUGAUGUUGGAUGAGGCCAGUAGAAGUGUGGGACAAGGCUGGUAGUUAUGGGAAAUGAGGCCAGUAGCCAGCGUGCUAUUUCCAUGGUAGCAAUGAGAGAUGAGGCCAGUAGCAAUAUGGAAUAAGGCUGGUAGCAAUGGAGGAUGAGGCCGGUAGCCAACAUGCUAAUUUCACUGUAGCAAUGGGAGAUGAGGCCAGUAGCAAUGUGGGCUAAGGCUGGUAGUGAUGGGGGACGAGGCCAAUAGCCAGCAUGCUAAUUUCACUGAAGCAAUGGAGGAUGAGGCCGGUAGCCAGCAUGCUAAUUUCACUGUAGCAAUGGGAGAUGAGGCCAGUAGCAAUGUUUGGUAAGGCUGGUAGCAAUGGAGGAUUAGGUCAGUAGCCAGCCUGCUAAUUUCACUGUUGAAAGGGAGGAAGAGGCCGCUUGCCAGUAUGCUAUUUCCAUGGUAGCAAUAGGGAUAAGGCCAGUAGCAAUUUGGAAUAAGGCUGGGAGUGAUGGGGGAUGAGGCUAGUAGUCAGCAUGCUAAUGUCACAGUAGGGAUGUGAGAUUAGGCUGGUAGCCAGCAUGCUAAUGCUACGGUAGAAUUAUGACAUGAGGCUUGUAGCACUAUGAUAGUGAUGCUGUGGAACAGCUGUAUUUAGUUAGUAUGCUCUCUAACACAGGUUAGCACGCUAACUUGCUAACUGUAAAAUCAGGGCAGGAAUGUGAGACCAGGCACAUUCAACAACAUAAUUAAAACGCAUAACUAUUAAAAGAUGCUAUUGACUUCCUGGUCCUGAUUAGCAACACAGCAAACGGAAAAAGAAAUCACAACAUGCAGAAGGAUACAUCGCAGCCAUAGUAAACAAUUGACCCUGUAGCGGAAAAGCAGCAAUACACCUCUAGAAACCUUCACAGCCAUGUGGACUCCCACUGACCCUUUUUUUGAGUCAAGUCUAUGCAAAGAUAACAUGAUUCUGUUUUGUAUUCAACAUGUUGCUUAUUUAAUUAAAAGAUAAACAUAUUGUUAAACAGCUUUAAUUAUGAUAAUGCUGAUUUACAAAAUUUAAGUAUAUUAAUCCUAAAUACAAUGUAUUUUAAAAAAAUAUGGUUUGCAUAUAAUUAUGUUGCUUAAUCUCGCCUUUGGUAUGUACUUCUGUGUGUAUUCAUUACACUGUAGUUUUUCAUGUUUUUAUGUUCAAGGAUGUACAUAUCGUUCUAUAAUUUUCCAUUAUCUCUGUGUUUGGGCACAUGUAUCCGUGUCUGUAAGCCAAAUACUGUAUGCUACAUUAUUUAACUUGUAUAAAGAAAAUAAGAUCUGUUCCUCUAUCUAUUUGUAAAUAAAUUAAAGUAAUUCUGA